GCUGUCUAAAUAUGAUUUCCACCUUCGGAGAAGUCCAAAAUGUUAGACAAAGGGCAAAGAAGACAGUAGAUGAGGGAUAUGGUGAUGAUGUUCAUACAAAAUCCCAAUCCCGCGUACAUUUCUUCAACUUGGCGUAAACCCACUCCUUUGUUGUCAACACAGAAGAAGUGUAGGCGUUGCUCUCCGUCUUCUUCCUUCUCUCUCCGCUGCUCCUUUUCUUCUUCUGUAUGCCCACGACCACCUCUCAGAUAUGCAGUUCUUGGUGCUGGCUUUGCUGGGUUAUCCGUCGCUUGGAAUUUGCUUCAACAUGGUUCUAGGGAAUCACAUCUUUCUGUUGAUAUCUAUGAUGAAGUUGGUAUCGGUGGAGGUGCAUCUGGAGUUGCUGGUGGACUGCUGCAUCCGUACUCCCCAAAAGUCAAGCUUCUUUGGCGGGGUGCAGAGUGCUGGAAUGAGACUUUAAAUCUCUUACAUAUUGCUGAAGGUGCACUACUUAAGCUAGUAAACCAGGGAAAAUGUGAAACUCUGGAAAAUAAUGAGUCUCCUAUAGUCAGGAGAAGAGGGAUCUUAAGACCAGCAAUCAAUUUGAAGAACAUGAAGAUAAUGACAGAGAAUGCUCAGAACUGUAUUGCCAAUUGCAGAAUAGAGCCCAUCCAUGAGGAUGCUGCUCAAAACCUUGUCCCUAACUUGUCGGUACCUUUGAACUUGGCGUUUUUUAUGCCUCAAGCAUUGAAUAUUAAUGCUCAAAGCUACCUUGAGGGUCUAUACUUAGCAUGCCAGAAUCUAGUAAAUGACAUGUCGACCUUAGGUCAUGUGCAUAGAGAAUUGCAUUUUCACCAGAAAUCUGUCCAGAGUCUGCUAGAUCUAGCAGGGGAAUAUGAUGCAGUGAUUAUCUGCCUUGGAGCCCGGGCAGUGUUUUUGCCGGAGCUGUCUGGAAAGCUGCCACUGAGGACAUGUAGAGGCAUCAUCACUCACCUGCAACUUGGUGAUGAUAUAAGAGAAGAGUAUCCGAAGCAUAGUCCCUCUAUUUUGUCCGAUGCCUGGCUUGCUGUACAUGGAGCUCGCCGUAUGGAUUUGGGAUCAACAUGGGACUGGAAAUCGAUGGAUUACUCUAGAAAUGUCACCACAGAUGAAGCUUCCAAGGCAAUGGAAGUGCUACUCCCAAAGGCAUCUUCCAUAUAUCCAACCAUUAAAAAUUGGACCGUAACUGGAGCAGUUGGUGGACUGAGAGCAAUGCCACCACUCACGGCAGAUGGAUCACUUCCACUUUUGGGUUGUAUAGACAACUAUGUUGAUGGGAGUGCGACUUGCAAAUAUUGGCUAUUCACAGGCCUUGGUGCAAGAGGGCUGCUCUUCCAUGGUUGGCUCGGCAAACUAUUGGCUCAGGCAGUGCUCUCCCAUGACGAGAAUCUGAUCCCUUUUGAAUUAACGUUGUGGAAGCAUAAACUGCAUCAAUAAAUACAGAAAAGAAGACGGUAUAUUCCAUGGUGAUCUCCACAAGGAAAAGAGAAUGUUUGUAAAGAUGCUACCAGAAAAGUUUAGUCAAGCUCUUGUAUGAGCUUGUGAGCUGAGACUGUUUGCCAUCAAGCAGCAGAGUACCAUGCAAGUUCUGAAGUUAUGCUAGACAAAGAAUCUUGCACUUGAGAUGCCAUAUGACCUGAGCCGUUGGGGUAUCAUGACGGCAGCUUUGCAGUAAACUGAGACCUGACAGUGAUCUUAAACUUUCUGUGCAUGAGGAAAGUGAAAAUCUUGAUAUCUGGAUGAAUGUUCAUUGAUGUAUUCGAAGAGUGUCCAUGCAACCUCCACUGUGGGCACUUUGGAGCUGAAAUUGUUCUUUAUGAUCGUUUAUUUCCCGCAUGGACUGCUGAACAAUGUAAUCACAUUUCAAUUUUUCAACAAAAUUAUCCCAUAGUUUGAACACUUUUCACGGCUGUGGGUCUACCCGGUUACAGCACCCACCUGUAAUAUCUAAUUUUGGCAUCUUAUAUUUCAAUUACUUGUG